AUGGCAACCAGUUUCCGACAACCAUUACGGGCCAGCUGCGAAUCUCGCGUUAGAUUACAUAGACAGCGAAGAGAGACGGUACCAUCAGCUUGUCUUGAGUGCCGUAAGCGGAAAAUCAAGAGACUUAUCCCCUUCUCGCUACAGUGUUCCGGAGUUCGACCAACUUGUUCGCGAUGUUCGAACUUGAAUAUCGGUUGUGGAUGGGACACAGAGCCCGAAACAACGCCCCGCCAGGCGAUCAAGGAUAGUCUCGAAAGGCUUAUAGAAGUGAACAGCGAGCUCUUGGAGCUAGUUGAAAACCUUUGUUCACGGCCUGAAACCGAAGCUAUCGAAAUACUCCAUCGAUUACGGGCAUCAGGCAACAGACUUCAUGUCUUGAACCUCGUUCGGACAGGCGACAUUCUACUAGGAAUACGGAUAAACGAAGCGAGAGAAGGGAGGAAACAGAUGAACCUAGAAUCAAAAGCCGGCAUUCAUCCGAAAAAGGCUCUUGAUGGCGGUAGCUAG